CACUCUUGGCUGUUUAUCAGUGACAGCAAGCAGGGAGCUGCUGUACUUCUGCGAGGUCGGCCUCACAUCCAGCAAAGAACUCUUGCAGCAGCAGCAGCAGCGACAAGAUGGAUCCUUAUUUCAGAGGUGUGGUGCGGAUGAUACUGAUGGUGUCCGUGCCGCCCCUGCUGACUUGCAACACCACCUGUCCCGGCCCAUGCCGCUGCGAGCGCCAGGCGAAGGUCUUGUGCGUGGGUGGCACCAUCACCGACAUCCCGCAACAACUGCCUCUUCACACGUACACGCUGAUGCUGCACAACACCGCCAUGCACGCCAUAAACGAGCACAGCCUGGGUCGAAAGGACCUGAUGACCCGUUUCAGUCUGACUGCCAGCCACCUCCGCACCAUCCACCCCCGAGCCUUUUACGCCGCGCCGCAGCUCAAGUCCGUCAAGCUGUCUUUCAACGACCUGGCCUGGCUUCCUGCGAGAGUCUUCAGGCCUCUGGCCGCUCUGGAGGAGCUCCAUUUGGAUCGGAACCAACUGGGGAACAUUACGGCGGACUUGUUUGAAGGCCUCGUCGCUUUGGAGAAUUUGGACUUGAGUCACAACAACCUGUCCAGUCUUGCGUCCGGGGCUUUCAGUGGACUGACGAACCUCACUGAACUGAAGAUUGUAAAUAACUUCUUAAAGAUGAUUCCGCCGUUGAGCUUUCGCUCCUUGACUAAGCUUCAGCUGCUGCUCUUGUCUUAUAACAAAAUAGAGAGUCUAGAACCAGGGAUCUUUGAUGGACUAGUGAACCUCCAAUAUCUACAACUGCACUACAACCAGAUUUCUAAUAUCCCUCAACAGGUCUUCUGGUCACUAAGGAGCUUGAAGAACCUCACUCUGUCAUCCAACCAACUUCAACUUGUCCCUGAGAGAAGCUUCUACUCCAUGCCCAGGUUGUCCAAGCUGACUCUGUACAACAACCCGCUCGUAUCGUUCCCGGAUGAGUUGAUGGGACACAUGCCAGAAAUGCGAGAGUUUUACUUGUACUACACGAACCUCACCUCGGUGCCGGCAAAUCUGUUCGCAAACAUGUCCGGGUUGCUCGACCUGAACCUCCAUUUGAACGGGAGGCUUCGAGAGUUGCCUUCGGGUGUGUUUUGCUGCCUUCCUGAACUUCGGAAGCUCUCCCUGAAAUCCAACAACCUCCAGGCACUUGAGCCGCAUCUUUUCUCCGGACUGAGCAGCUUGAGGACGUUGCUCCUCAAUGACAACCAACUGGAGAACCUACCAAGGAACAUAUUUCAGGAGCUUGGACUGCUGGCGAUGUUGGAUUUGAUGACGAACAGGCUCAGCAAUCUCCCAGAAGACAUUUUCCGGUCCAAUCCACUCCUUAAGGUGAAGCUGAGUAACAAUCCGUGGGACUGCACCUGUAGCAUCCAAGGGUUUGCCGGAUGGGUUCGACAGAACAAGCAAGCGGUUCCUGAUAACGAAGACGUGAUAUGUUACAGUCCACCGUAUCAAGCUCUCCGUACCCUUGACUCUCUGCGGGACGAGGACUUCAACAUCUGCAAUGUUACAACACCUCCUCUGGUCUGUGCUCCAACUACCACAGCUCUUAAAAGCAGCCAACUAGUCACCACCCCAACAGAAACAGCGCCAUCUAGUCCCCCACCGCAUGAGACUCCACCAACCUACGACGUUUCACCGCCAUUUUAUGACAAACUGGUAAUCGAAGAGAGGCCGGACUUUGUUCACCACAACCACCACGAUGGUUGGGUGUAUGUGUGGUUUCUGCCCUCCAACGCAGCCUUGGCUGGGUUCCUCAUGUUCGGUCACAUCCUCCUUGUGGCCACAGGUUUCUUUCUCAUCCUUUCCGCCAUUUACGCCAUGCACCGCCUCAACAAGAGGGUGGAGGAGCUACGGGAUUCGUUUGCACACAUUGAGGGAACGUGUCCUGGUGGAUGCCAAUGUGAAGGCAACCAAAUCUUAUGCAUUGGAAUCUCAGAUGUCCCUCCCUUUCCUCCAUCUACCACUGCUAUCUACCUUUCCAAUUGUAGCAUCUCCUCUCUGAAACCAGAGGCCCUUACUUCUCUGUCAGAUGUCUUGAGCAUUUGGCUUGAAAACUGUACUUUGGGGGAAGUUCAACCCGGCACGUUUGAUUCCACUGUGAACCUUCAGUCUUUAGUGGUUACUGGAACAGAACUGCAAGAUCUUCCAGAGGCCUUGUUCCAGAAUCUUCCGAAGCUUGAGACUCUGAAAAUGAACAGCAACAAGAUCCUCCUACUCCGACCAAAAUGGUUCUUCCAAAUCAAAAGUCUUACUGCCCUUGAUCUGAGUAAGAACCAGUUGACCUCAAUACCAGUGGAAACCUUUAACCCUCUGAAAGAACUGGAGUACCUUUUGCUAGCAGGAAAUUCUAUUGGUGGGCUACCAAGUGGGGUAUUCAAGGGGCUUUCGAAGCUCAAGUACAUUCGGCUAAACAAAAAUUUAAUAGUAGAAUUUCCUAGCGGAAGUUUUGACGGCCUUGAAAACCUGACAGAACUUUCCCUACAAGACAAUCAUAUCACUCAUCUCCAGCACGACCUGUUCUCAAAGACUCCCAACCUCCAAAAGCUGUUCCUUUCCAACAACAAACUGAGAACUCUCCCACAAGGACUCUUCUUACAUCUUCCCCUCCUAGCUCAGAUAUCCUUGUAUGAAAACCAGUUGGAAAGUUGUAGUCCCGGUGUGUUUGGUCCCAUGGCCCUGCAGGAGUUGUGGCUGUAUGACAACAAGCUGAGACAAGUAGAGGAUGACACCUUUAAAAAUUUGACUCAGUUGCGACUCUUGGUGCUCAGCCGUAACCAGAUUAGCGAUGUGUCUACCAAUGCCUUCCAAGGGUUGGAACAGAUAGGAGAAAUAUCACUUCACACAAAUCUGCUGAGGACUUUGCACGCUGGAACAUUCCAAGGUCUUCCUCGGCUGGUAAACAUUUCCUUGGAGCACAACUUCAUCAGUCAUCUACCUGUUGGUUUUCUCAAAGGCUUGAGUCACUUGGGACAGAUUGACCUGAAAAACAACUCCCUUCAAAACCUGCCACAGGAAAUUCUAGAUGCCAUCUCUGUGGCAGAAGAGAUACUUCUGCAGCAGAACCCCUGGAGGUGUGACAAGGACAUCCUGCCUCUGAAGAACUGGCUGACAAAGCACCCAUCCAAAACCAACCAGACCCAAGUGGUGUGUGACUCUCCUCUCAGUCUGAGUGGGGAGAUAAUUGUCAUGCUGACAGAGGAGGACUGGAUGCUGCAGAGUUCCACGCAGCUGACACCACUGACCUCGACGGAGAAGAGGAGCAAACCACCUGCUGUAAACACCACGUCUUCCACGGAGAACGGCAAGGGACCAGUUUCUAACCGUACUUCGGUCAUCCUGAUUGUCAUCGCAGUUGUGGCCACAGUCAUCAUCAGCGCCGCCAUCAUCGGAUGUGUUUGCUGGAGAAAGAACAAGAAAGGAAGGGGAAAUAUUGGACACAGGAUAAACAUGCAGAGACAACAUGUCAUUAUUUUUCUCCUGUUUGCACUGUUUGACUCCCUACGGUCUGAAAGUCAACCAUGCAUAAAAGAUACAAGCUGUCCCAAAGAAAACCAAGAUGUCUUUGGUUCAUCUACCACAGAAAUCCCUCGCACACUAAGACCAGGUGUGACUGAAGUGUUCUUUCUGGACAGCAAGAUCAAAACAAUCCCCAAAGCAGCCUUUGUGGAAAACCCCCACCUGGAAAAGGUGGAGUUCAUUAACACCACCACAACCACAAUUGAGCCGGGAGCUUUUGAAGGUCUGCUAGACGUUAAGCAGAUCGAAAUUUCCAGCACACCGCUAGAGUCAAUCACAGCCGGAGUCUUUCCAGGCCUCGUCAAUCUGGAGAAAAUCUCUCUCAUUUUCAACAAGCUCCGUCGUGUACCGAGAGGUUUAUUUGACGGCCUUAAAAACCUGAAAGAGCUCCAGUUACACGGCAAUGAGAUUGCCUCCAUUGAAGACGGGACUUUUGACGACCUGGAGAACCUCCUGAGUCUCCAUCUGGCGAAGAACAACCUCUCCGCAGUGUCGGUCAUCUGGUUCUCGAAGCUGAACAAACUGCAAAUACUGCGGCUUUACGAAAAUCAGCUGACCGCCAUUCCCGAGGACAUUUUUCAUCAUUUACCAAAUUUAAAAGAAAUCAAUUUGCAAAGCAACAAGAUCACAGAAUUGUCUCCAAAUCAGUUUCCGCAUAAAGACAAGGUCAUAAGGCUUUUCUUGGAUGGCAAUCAGCUGACACAGUUACCAGGAGAUUUUUUUGUGGGCUUCCCGAACCUUAAAAAGCUGAGCCUGCAAAAGAACAAACUGAGCAGUCUUCCAGACGUGCUUUUUGGAGAAAUGAAACUGACGGAUUUCAGCCUGAGUGAAAACCAUCUGACUGAGCUCCCAAGUGCGAUAUUCAGCCCCCUGAAGGAAUUGAGGAAGCUCGAUCUGUCGAAGAAUCUUUUCACUGCUUUGUCAGUCGACUACUUUGAAGGACUGGACAAACUCGCCAAUUUGAAUCUGGGAAACAACAUGAUAGAGUCGCUGGAUUUAGAUGUGUUUGAAAAGAUUCCAUCCCUGAUCCACCUUGACCUGUCCCACAACAACCUCCAAACGCUACCCGAGGACAUUUUUGAACCUUUAACAAAACUCAAGAAAGUUCUCCUCAAUGACAACCCCUGGAACUGCGACUGCAACCUUGAACCUCUCCACAUGUGGAUUAAAGUAAUUAACCCAAAUGUUUCUAAUUCAGUUGUUUGUGUGAAUCCGGAAAUCCUUGCAGGACGCGAGAUCAAGUCUUUGACAGUGGAGGAGUUGAUCUGCCCCACAGUUCCACUCACAACAACAACAUUACUGACUACAAUUCCAAUACAACCAAUCACCACUACAAUGCAGCCUCUAACAUCAGUCCCAACAGAACCAACCACUGUCCCCACAAUUGUAACUACCAUCCCCACUACUGCAACCACCGUCCCCACUACUGCAACCACCGUCCCCACUACGGCAACCACCGUCCUCACAACGGCAACCACCGUCCCCACUACUGCAACCACCGUCCCCACAACUGCAACCACCGUCCCCACUACUGCAACCACCGUCCCCACAACUGCAACCACCGUCCCCACUACGGCAACCACCGUCCCCACUACGGUAACCACCGUCCCCACUACGGCAACCACCGACCCCACAACUGCAACCUCCACACCUACGAUACCUUCAACGACACAACUGAUAACCACACGUCCUGCAACAACUAAAGCCACUCAGUCUACCACUGUCCCGACUACACCAGCGGUCACAACAACCGAAGAAACCACCACGCUCAUGGCCAUUUCGACCACAGCUUUACCAACCAGCACCAUAAAACCGACUUUACGAAUAACAACAGCUUCACCGACUACCCCACUGACAACAGCUUCCCCCACGUUGGCAGCAACUACAAUCACGACUAUUGGAAGCACAACCUCCCCCAGCACGGCUAUGACAACAGUUCUUAUCAGCCCGACAACAAUGACAACAAAUACACCCCCAACAGCAACAACUGUCCAUUUCACCGGUCCCAUGCAGCCUGGCCAGCGACCGUCAACGCAGAAGGACACAAAAGCAUCAAAUCGCUGCAAAUCCGAGGCGGUUGUGUACACUGCUCUGCUGCUGGUGGAGCUGUCCUGCACACUAGCGCUGACUCAGGUCACUUUGUCUCUUUGGCGCUCGCUGCAGCGCAUGGUGAGGAGGCCGCACCAGAUCAAACUCACUCGCUUCUCCUACAGGAGGGAAGUCAUCCUGAUACCCUUGUGGAAGAAAGACACCUGAGGCCUUUGAACUGUUUUAACCAGCAGUACACUGCCAAGAAAAAAAGCAACAUUGGGAAAAAUAGAGCAAAAGGGCACAUUUUAAGGAGACAAAUCUGAAACGCCGGUGUAAAUAACUUGUGCUAUCACAAAGCUUUGACUUCAGAUAUACACCACUCCAAAAAGUUAGGGAUGUUCAUAUUUUGGGAGAAAUUCAGACAAAAGCUAAAAUACUAUAUAAACAGGUGAACUUACUUUGAUACAGGGCUGGGCGAUAUAUAUAUAGAUAUAUAUAGAUAUAUCGCCCAGCCCUAUAUCAAUGGGCUGGGCUGUGGCGGGUUUGUCUCUGUGCGAUAUAGAAAAUGACUAUAUCGUGAUAUUGGAGUAUACGUUCUCACGCAGUUGCUUUUAGCUGCGGGCAUUACACUGUCAGAAAAGUUGUGUAAAUUAUCAAAUAAAACUUUGUAUUACAUUGUGUUCCGGACAAGAAACAUUGGUACUUUAACUUUAAGAAGACAAAAGGCUGAAAUUUUCCAAGAAGAAUGCUGGACUUCCAAGCGGACAGAUGGCAGAUCUGCCCAACUUCCACAGGAACUCUUUUGAAGUAUUUUUACGAACUCUCUCUUUGAUCUAUUUUAUGGGACCCUCUUUGAUCUAUUUAAUAGGACUUUCUUUGAUCUGUUCGGGAACCGCAGGCAAUGCUGGUCACGACCCACUUCCAUUAGGAAGCAGCUAUGGGAAGGA